AUGAAGGCGGUGGAGGACUUCCGUCGCAGGCUGGCACCGCUGGGGGAGUCCCCGGCGCAGGCCUGGUUCCGGCACUGCGACCUGGAUCGCAGAGGCCUGGGCUUCCCCACCUUCUGCCAGCGCCUGGCGGCACUGGACUUGGGACCCAUGGACCUCGCGGAGCUUUGGUCCCAGGUUGCCGGGCCUGACGGCAACGCCACAGUGCUAGAGGUGGAUCCCCCGCGUGCAGAGGAGCUACGACGAAUCGGGGAAUGGUGCAAGCAGCAGGGCGGCAUCUUGGAGACCUUUCUGCGCCUCGGCCCGGCCUGCGGCUCCGUGAGCCGCGCCCAGCUGGCGGCGAGUUUGGGGCGGUUGGGCUUCGAGGGCCAGGUGCCGUGGGCGCUGCUGGACCCUUGGGGUCGGGGCUCUAUUUGCGCCCAGGACUUUUUCACUCUGGAGACAGACCCGAGGGAGAGGCGGAAGUUGGACAAGCAGUGGGAGCAGGCUUUGGGCAAGAAGACGGCGGGGGACUUGGCACAGAGCGCGGCGCGGAAGGAGCGGAGCGCCGAGCAAAACGCCACACAGCUGCUCUACAGCUUGGCCAAGCAGUCGACCUGGCUGGGGGGCAAGCACUGGAAGAGCGGCAGCAUGCCCGAGCUCCUGCCGGAAGAGGCCGAGCUGCUGAAGGCGCCGAAGGCUCGCAAGCCGGUGGCCCGCUUGGAGAUCAAGCGAGUGGUGCGGCCGAAGCUGGAGGUGGAUCGAGAGCCCCCGGUUCCGGAGAAGCACCAGAAGCAGACCCGGGUCCUCUACGAGCAGCGGUCGAGCUGCGUGCAGGAGCCUAUGGCACCCCACUGGAACCAGAAGCCCAGGAGGCGAACCAAGCUGCACCUGGGCCAGGAUCAACGCCUCUUCGAGCACUACGAGAGGACUUUACAAAAUCCCGCGAGCUCUGCGAAUCUACCGCGCGGCUAA